AUGGACCUCCUGUCAUACCUCAUUAUGAUAUAUCAGACACAAAUUCAGACCCAGAAGUGGUAAAUGUGGACAAUCUGUUGGCAGCUACAGUAGUUCAAGAGCACAAUAAUUCCUUAGGAAAUCAAGACUCGGGGUCUGCCUGGAGAACCAGAGGGCUGCUAGAUGAACUGAGCUGUGAUACAGGUCAUUUGGAUCCAGCCUUCCUUGCAGGUGACAAAAUGUCUUCUGGUAAUGCCCAGAUCAAUGAAGAAAUUAGUAUCGCCUCUUCUGAUAGUGAAGUAGAGAUUGUUGGAGUUCAAGAACACGCCAGGUGUGUGCAUCCCAGGGGAGGCGUGAUUCAGAGUGUGUCUUCCUGGAAGCAUGGCUCAGGCUCACAGUACAUUAACGCUCAGCAAACACAAUCAUGGACAGCUGUGACUCCCCAGCAGAAUUGGUCUUCGCCCCCAGAAGUAGUAGACCUCACUUUGGAUGAGGAUACUAGACGCAAAUAUCUACUGUAA